GAGGAUAGAUAUAUAGAUGAGAUACCUCUCUCUCUCUCAAUAAAUAAAUAAUAAAUUUUUUUAAAAAAUAAAUACAAAUUUAUAUAUAUAAUGUGAUACAAAUUCCUUUUUUGCUCAUUCAUAUCUCUUUCUCUGUGUGAUACACACAACUUUCAUUCAUUCAUUCAUUAUAUAUAUAUAUAUAUUUAUCUGCUUCAAUCAACGGUAAUUGUUUGCAAGAGCUAAAGAAGAAAAAAAAAAAAAAAAAAAAAGAGGGCCUCUCGCCCUCUCUCCUUGUUAUGCUUUCUCUCAGAUCUUAGAUUUCAUCAAUUUCUCAUCUGGGUUGUCUUCAUUUGGGUUGAAAUGGACCCUGGGAAGCUAUUUAUCGGCGGGAUUUCCUGGGACACAAAUGAAGACCGACUCAGACAAUAUUUUCAGAACUUCGGUGAUGUAGUCGAAGCUGUGAUUAUGAAAGAUCGCACCACGGGGCGUGCCCGUGGUUUUGGAUUUGUUGUUUUUGCCGAUCCUUCUGUUGCUGAACGAGUUGUUAUGGAAAAACAUGUCAUAGAUGGUAGAACUGUUGAAGCAAAAAAAGCUGUUCCUAGAGAUGAUCAGAACGUGUUUAGCAAAAGCAACAGCAGCGGUCACGGGUCACCUGGUCCUGCUCCUAUACGCACAAAGAAGAUAUUUGUUGGAGGUCUAGCAUCCACGGUUACUGAGAGUGAUUUUAAGAGUUACUUUGAUCAAUUUGGAACAAUUACUGAUGUUGUUGUGAUGUACGACCAUAACACUCAACGGCCACGGGGUUUUGGAUUCAUCACAUAUGAUUCUGAGGAAGCAGUCGAGAAAGUGCUGCACAAAACUUUCCACGAACUUAAUGGUAAAAUGGUUGAGGUUAAGAGGGCUGUCCCAAAGGAAUUAUCUCCAGGUCCAAGUAGAGGCCAGCUAGGUGGAUUUAGUUACGGUAUUGGUUUGAGUAGAGUUAGUAGUUUUUCUAAUGGUUUCACUCAGGGAUAUAAUCCAAGUCUCAUUGGAGGACACGGAUUUAGAAUAGACGGUAGAAUGAGUCCUGCUAAUGUUGGCCGUAGUGGAUAUACUCUUUUCAGUCCUAGUUAUGGGACAGGACUCAACUUUGAGCCACCAUUGAGCCAAAAUGAAAAUGAUAACUUUACGUCUAACUUUGUCAUGGGACGGGCGUUGAGCUCUCCAUACAGUGCAAGUCCGAGCAGGUACAAUAAUCCCAUGGGGUAUCCUGGUUCAAAUGUUGGCAACAAUUCAGCCAUAAGUUCCACAAGUCAGAGUUUGUGGGGUAAUGGGAAUCUUAACUAUGCUAAUAACCAUGCAAGCUCUGAUGCUUUUGUUGGUUAUGGAAGUGAAAAUUCAAUGGAUUCUUUUGGUAAUAUUGGAUCACUUUGGAGUACCUCUGUUGGUACUAAUCAAGCUGGAACUAUUGGCUCUGGAUAUGGUAAGAGCAGUCUUAAUUAUAGGCUUGGAGAUAUGAUUUUAGGGUCAAAAGCAGUAGGUUAUGGAAAGAACAGUGAAAACAUUGUUGAAUCAGAUUCAUCGUUUGCUUUCUCAAAUGGCGGUUACGGCGAAGCAUACAAAAAUUCUUAUGAAGCUGGGCCAUUUUAUCAAGACCAUACUUGGAGAUCAACAACUUCAGAACUUGAGGAUUCUGGUUCUCUUAGUUUUGGUCUUGAAAAUGCUGUUUCGGAUUUAAUGCGCAAAAGCUCUGGUGGUGGUCACAUUGGGGCUUAUGCUGUUGCUAAUAGACAAUCAAACAGAGGAAUUGCUGCCUAGGAAGGUUAUGUCACGGAAAAUGCUUGUGUUUCGAUGAGGUAUGUCUGACAGAGAAGAUGAAUGAAUAUGAAAAGCAUAAAUCUUCUUGUUUCGAGAUACUUUUGAUGCUUCUAAAAUUUCAGUUAGAGCCAAUUGGUUUGGCUGUGUUGAAUAACUUGCAAAUACACAAACUUUACAAGGGAUUUAUUACUAUAAGGGUUGGUUGAGUGUGAAAUAUAGGUUUUCUUUCUUUGGGAUUUUCAGACUUGUAAUCAGGUUAUAGGGAUUUACUCUCUCUCAUGACAGAGAGUAAUACACAAAAAGAAGAAGACCUACCCUUUUAUUUUCUUUUGUUAUUUUUUUCCCCUCUUAAUUUGGGCUAGUAGAAUUGGACCAUUGUUGCCAAUCUUGGCUGGUAUCGUUUAGUUAUCUCAUCUUCAGUGUUUUGAUUUCUCAGAAUCUGUAAAAGAUACAUGAUAUUAUUAUCAUUGGAAUGUUCAUCUAGGUUCCAUAAAAUGUUAGCUGAUUCAUCUUCUACACAAUACAAUAUUUUUUUCCUUCUUGUGCUA